UGUACAGAUUCAGUUUCACUCCACACAUUGCUCCUACAACUCUUUCCUUCGGCCACUAAAACUCUCUCUCUCUCUCUCUCUAACUUUGUCACGUCACCGACAGAUUUGAGAACGAAAGAUGGACUCUGGCAACAUGGGAAGGUCAUCACCACCUUCGUUCUCUUCAUCGUCGUCUUCAUCCUCUGCACUUGGUGGAGCUAGGAGAAUCGUCAGGGAGGCAACAUGGGUCCUGUCCAUGGUGGUGCUUCUUGGGACUGUUCUGAUUUGGGUAAUGAUGCCCACCAACACGUACCGCAAGCACUGGUCGCUCAGCAUCAGGGCCAAAUCUGGAUCUUCCACCUACUUGGGCAAUCAAGGUUACACGAUGCUGAUGUUCACAUUCCCAGUCCUGUUCAUCGCUUGCUUAGGAUGUCUGUACCUCCAUCUAGGAAACAAAUCGAGCGAGCCUCAAGCCGGAAAGAGUGGCUAUAAAAGGAAUAAGGGAUUGGCAAUGUGGAAGAGACCGGCGCUGGUGAGCGGGCCGCUAGGGAUCGUUUCGUGGAUCGAACUGGCCUUCUUUCUGAUGUUCAUAGCACUCCUGGUUUGGUCCUUCGCGACGUACCUUCGCAACGGCUUCCUCAACAUCGAGCGGAUGGGACCGAUGCAUGGGGAUAAAGUGUGGGAAGCGAAACUGGAGACCUCAGGCUUAAGGCUGGGGCUGGUUGGGAACAUAGCACUAGCUUUCCUCUUCUUCCCAGUGACCCGAGCAUCGUCGGUGUUGCCGCUCUUUGGCCUCACCUCGGAAGCCAGCAUCAAGUACCACAUAUGGCUCGGCCACAUCGUCAUGGUCCUCUUCACCGCACAUGGCCUCGUCUACAUCCUCUACUGGGCUCUCACUCAUAACAUGUCCGAGAUGGUGAAGUGGCAGAAAACGGGGAUAUCGAACGUGGCAGGAGAGGUGGCGCUGCUCGCCGGGCUCGGGAUGUGGGCGACCACCUUCCCGCGCGUGAGGAGGAAGAUGUUCGAGCUCUUCUUCUACGCCCACUAUCUCUACAUCCUCUUCAUGCUCUUCUUCGUCCUCCACGUCGGCAUCUCCUACUCCUGCAUCAUGCUCCCGGGCUUCUACCUCUUCUUGGUCGACCGCUACCUCCGCUUCCUCCAGUCCCGCCACCGGGCCCGCCUGGUCUCCGCUCGUGUCUUGCCCUGCGACACCGUCGAGCUCAGCUUCUCCAAGACACCGGGUCUAGAGUAUACUCCGACGAGCAUCAUGUUCAUAAACGUGCCGAGCCUAUCCAAGCUGCAAUGGCAUCCGUUCACCAUUUCCUCGAACAGCAACUUGGAGAAGGAUAAGCUCAGCAUCAUCAUCAAGAACGAAGGGACUUGGUCUCAGAAGCUCUACCAAAUCCUUUCUUCUCCUUCUCCUCCGGCCCGCCUCGAUGUCUCCGUCGAAGGACCUUAUGGACCCGCCUCGACUCAUUUCCUCAGGCAUGAGAAGCUGGUGAUGGUGAGUGGGGGCAGUGGGAUCACUCCAUUCAUCUCCGUCAUCAGAGAAUUCAUCUUCAUGAGCCCCACAUUCAAGUCAAUGACUCCUAAAUUGACCCUCAUUUGUGCCUUCAAGAACUCGUCCGAUCUUACCAUGCUCGACCUCGUCCUGCCCAUUUCGGGCACCCCAUCGGACUUAUCAAACCUUCAGCUUCAGAUCGAGGCCUAUGUGACUAGAGAAAAAGCAGCCACCCAAUCCUCGAAACAAGCCCGAGCUGUUUGGUUCAAACCCAGUUCGCUUGACGAACCGUUGUCUGCAAUUCUAGGCCCCAACAGUUGGCUCUGGCUCGGUGCCAUCAUUUCGGUCUCUUUCAUCGUGUUCCUCAUAUUGAUAGGGAUCAUCACCCGCUACUACAUUUACCCGAUAGAUCACAACCAAAACAAGUACUCUACCGCUUCUAGGGCGGUCCUGAACAUAUUGGUCCUGUGCAUAUCCAUUGGCUUUGCGGCUAGUGCAGCCUUUCUAUGGAACAAGAGGAUAAACGCCAAGGAAGCGAAGCAGAUCAAGCACUUGGUGUCUCCGGCGCAUUCGCCUGAUUCAGGGGUCUACAAUGCUGAAACGGAAUUGGAGAGCUUCCCUCAUCAGUCCCUUGUCCAAGCCACCAAUCUGCACUUCGGCGCAAGGCCUGACCUAAAGAAAAUGUUACUUGAGUGCAAGGAGUCAAGUGUGGGAGUCCUGGUUUGUGGUCCAAAGAAGAUAAGGCACGAGGUUGCAGCCAUCUGUUCAUCUGGGUUGGCUGAUAACCUGCACUUCGAGUCCAUUAGCUUCAGCUGGUGAUCCAAGCCAAACCGUUUCCCAACGAAAUUGAUUGAAUGUAUUGUGAUUUUCCGGCAACGCAAACUUGCCGAAUACGCCUCUCUUCAUAUGAGCUGUGUUACGGUGUACGUUGUCAUGAUAUGGCUCUCCUCUUUGUCUAGGCAGAAGUGAAUGGAAAUUAGAAAGGGCCAGCAAAGAGGGGGGAGUAGGGGGGCAAAGCAGAUAAGCUGGUUUGUUUCUACUAAAUGUCAAUACAAAUAUGUGUCGAUUUCUCU